CCUGAGCCCACUGAACGGUGACGACGUCUGCUCACAGAUCUACUGCCGUGUACCUGGUACCCUGACCUGCACCGCCAUCUUUCCGUCUGAUGGGACCCCAUGUAACAGACAAAGGAGAUGCAACUCAGGAAAAUGUCAGCCCGACUCUACUCCAGCUACGCAAAAUAUUGACCCCAACUGUGUCUGGAAUGACCAGAGCACUCUGGAACUACCGUCCGUCCCCUACAUUGGAAGCUGCCCAGGGUUCGUUGCCCUCUACAAACCCAUCAACUGCUACGUCACAUCACUACAACAGCAGUGCUGCGGCACGUGCAAGCAAUACUACACUGGCCGUGUUGGUGAGUCGUUGUUUGAUGGAUUUAGGUUGUGAGUACGGCGACAAGUCCCUGGACUGCACGAAAUACAGCAAGGCUUUAGUCUGCCCAUAUUAUGGGAACACUCUAUGUUGUGGCUACUGCUAUGGCUAUAUGGGCAAGCGUUCUAUCCUUGACGGCGACGGUCAAGCUCGAGUUAACAUCACCCUCACCCCACCGGUCAAACCACGGGGCAUCAUACGACAGGAGAAGAAGGAGAGGAUCAGUGGCCCUCAUUAG